ACACCAUAAAAAUCCAUGUUCCACAAACAGAGUUUGUAACAUAUAGACAGUGUUGUAGAAAACAAUAACAACAACAACAAAAAUCAACAUAUUAAUCCUACAAUGAACAACAAUAUUGGCAUGGAAGUUGAAGAGACGGUAACAGAGUUGAGUCAAUAUUUCAAAACUGGAAAAACAAAAAGUGUUGCAUGGAGAAAAAACCAGCUCCAAGCUUUACUUGACCUUGUUCAUGAAAAUGAAGAUGCUAUAUCUAAAGCUCUUAACCAAGAUCUUGGGAAGCACCCUGUUGAAGCUUACCGCGACGAGAUUGGAGGGGUAGAAAAAUCAGCACAAAACUCUUUUAACAGUGUUGAAAAAUGGAUGGCUCCUAAAAAGAGCAAUAUGCCUCUUUUGUUCUUCCCUUCAUGGGAGACACUUCUACGGAUAUGCGGAGGGAGAACGGCGAACCAGCGGCUGAGACGGCGAACUAGAGGCGGAGAUGGCGAACCAGAGGCGGAGGGAGAACAUGGUGGAGUGACGGCCGUAGCUGCAACUGAAGAUGAAGGUCGUGGCGGAGGGACGUUCGGAGUAACUGUGGAUGAAGGUGGUUAG